CUAAGCUUAGCUGUUACCUUAGCUCGUCCAAUAUCACAACUCGCAAGCUUACCGUCUCCUGUAAGCUCCUUUGCCUUUCUCCCGCCCUCUCACCCUCGUGAUGGCUGCUCAGUCCAGAGGCGAUGGUCCAGGUAUGGCCUCGGCCACGCCCGGCCUCACGAAGGUCCUGCCAUCCACGGAGAAGAAGAGUAACAACGAAGGGUCCAGCGGCUCCCUCAAGGGUUACGCAGCCGGCACUGCUUCUGGGGUGACGAAGCUGCUCAAUGGUCACCCCUUUGACAGUAUCAAGGUGCGGAUGCAGGUCUCGCCGCAAGGGACAUACAAAGGGCCCAUCGACUGUUUCCUUCAGAUGGCUCGGAAGGAGUCGCUACUGGGCCUCUACAAGGGCGCUUCACCACCCGCGGUGGGCUGGGCUGUGUCGGACUCGAUUCUCCUAGGCACACUGCACAAUCUGCGGUUACAGUUCAGUCGUAUGACCGGAACAGGAGGGGACACGGGCAAGCCGCUGCCCGUGCAGUACCACGCUCUGGCCGGACUGGGAGCAGGCUGGACCAACAGCCUGAUCACUACGCCCACGGAGAAUCUCAAAACGCUCCUCCAGAUGCAAUUCCAGCGAGUACAUCUCCCUGGCGUGAGAUCCUUUGCUACUUCCGGAGGACCAGCAUCAACUGUCACUAUGAGCGGCAGUGGAGCAGAGACGGCCGCCCGUCACUUCACUGGACCGAUCGACGCAGCACAGCAGAUCAUCAAGCAUCAUGGCGUGAUAGGUCUAUGGCGGACACUUCCGGCGACACUUACAUUCCGCGCCAGCUUCGCAGUCAUGUUUGGAUCUUUCGAGGUAUUCAACAAGGCCUUUGCCAACCUGAAGGGUACACCGUACGAGGUCUCUCCCUCCAUCGCAACACUCCUCUCUGGAGGCCUAGCAGCAGAGUGCUUCUGGCUUUCUGCUCUUCCAGCGGAUAAUAUCAAGAACAUGAUGAUGGCGGAUAUCCCAGGAGAGAAGCCCAAGUAUCCUACCAUGCGGUCUGCUUUCGUGCAGAUAUGGAAUCGACCGGGCCCGGACGCGGGAGUACUGCGGAGGAUCAAGAUGUUCUAUACCGGAUUCACACCCUGCGCGCUCAGGGCAUUUCCAGUCAAUGCAGCGGCCUUGUUCGUCUACGAGGGAUGCAUGGAAUUGAUGGGAGCAGAGAGGACGGUGAGCAAGUAGAUAGCAGUUGGAACCGGAUAGAGGGAGACAAUUAGACCAUUGCAGCGACGAGGAAGUCAGGACAAAACUACAGAAAGGACAUAGAAAGAGGGAAGAUUGUCCCGAGUCAGACCGGAUGAGACGAAGCUUAGCAGCAUCUCCUUCGUCUUCUCAUCAUUUCCACCACUCCCAUUGUACCGGCAGCACUACCCGCACACACUUCAUGUAUUAGUACAGCAGCCAGCUACAAGCCGCAUCCGACGCUCCGGACCGAACCGGAACGGGCGCACGGGGCGCGUGUCCAUAAUCGUAAUGUCAGAUAGAUCAUACCAUA